AUGAUUAGAAAAUUUAUAAAAAAAGUUGAUUUGCUUGUUGAUCCUUAUGAAUUUAAUAUUUCAUAAAAAGAGAAAUCUUUAACUCCAUUAGGUUUUAUAUUAAAUAACUUUUUAGGAGGAUUUAUUAGUAUUGUUCUAUUAGUUUUUGCUUCUUUUUAUAUUGUUGGAGUUUUCCAGAAAAGUAUUCAAAAUUAGAACACUAUAUAUGCUGGUACAUAAAGUGACUAAAACUAAGAAUUUGCAUUGAGUCAUGAUAAUACAAUAUUUUCCAUUGAAUUAUCAACUCUUGAUGGAAAAAUCUUGAACGAUAAUACAAAUGUUAAUGAGUAAAUUAUAAGAUAUCAUUCUAGUUAUUUUUCAUUAACUGCAUAGUAUAUUCAAUAAUAAAGAAUAGAAGGUAAAAUAGGAUUUACUAGAAAUUACACUGCAUUAAACUAAUCAAAAUGUUCAAAAGAAAAAGUCAAACAAUUUAAUUUUAAUUCAGCAUCAAUGACUGAAGAACAAAAAGAAAAUUUAAUUUGUUUUGAUGGGAAUUUCACAUUAUAAGGACAAUUCUAUGAACCAUAUUUUGCUUAUGUAAAAUUAACUGUCAGUGUAUGUAACAAUUCAACUAGAAAAACAUGUAAAACUUCUAAGGAAAUAGAAAAUUUCAUUAAUAAAGGGUAUUAAAGUUAGAUAAUUAAGUGUUAAUGUGGAUAUGUUUAUCAAAGGAUCAAAAAUUAAACAAUCAUUAAAUAGUUCUAGUCCUGCAGACUUAUUUUCUACUAAUAUAUUUUGGAGAUUAACAACUGGAAUUGGAGAUAAUGAAGAUAUAUAUAUGUAACCAUUGUAAAUGGACUUAAGUAAAAUACAUUUAAAUAAAUUAGAAAAAAUAUAAUUUUUCAGUGAUAUUUUUAAUAUUGAGAAUUCUGAAAGAUUGUAUAAUGGAUCUGUUGUUGAAAGGUAAGAAAGAAGACAAGAACCUAUAUCAAUUUCUUCAGGAAUAGGAUUAUGCACAUUUUAUCUAAGGUAUUAAGUUUUUAAAAUUUAGAGCUUCUUCUGAUAGCUCAUUUUAUUUUGUUAUACAAUAAGACUUGCCUUCUACUAUAUUAUCUGCAGUCUCUGAAACUACUGCUUUAUUUUUAGCUGUUAUGCAAAUAAUCAAGAUAUUUUAUAGAGUUUAUAAUCAACAUAAGACUUUUGAAAUAUUAAUGAAUUCUGUUUUUAAAUUUGAUUUAAAAAGUGUGUAAAAGAGGAAAUUAUCAUAAGUUAACUAAUCAUAAACACCUGGUAAGGUGUAAUAAUCGGAAAAGAAUUCAAAAAAACAAUUACAAUAGGUAAUUUUUGCAUUUUUAUUAAGAUAUUUGAUUAUACUAUAAAAUACUCAUUUUAUUAAUAUAUACUUUACAUUAUUAGAAAAUACUUCAAAAGCUGUAAAAAAAUUGAAGAUGAAAAAGAAUUAGUGAUUUCGUAAAUAGCUAAAUCUAAGAUAGAAUUCGAUUUAGAUUUAACUAAUAUUUUAAAAAAAUUAUAUGAGAUAGAUUGCUUAAAGUUAUUUUUUUUUGAUGAUGAUUAACUAAUGUUAUUCAAUUCAUUUUGUUCACCUGUAUUUUAGGAUUAAAUGACUGAUCAGAAAGAGUUGUUCGAUAUUUUGACUGCAAGUUAUAAAUAGACAAGAUCAAUAAAUCAAUUACAAUAAUAGAAUUAAGCUAACAUUGAUAAUAAUAAUUAAAAUAUUAUCAAAUAUGCAGCCACUUCAGAAAGUAUUUUAGUAUUAUAAUAUUUUUAGUACCAAUCAAUAUUAGAUUAGCAAAACUUACAAGGUUUUUUAAAGCUUAACUUGGAGCAGAAAAUGCUGAAGAAUUAGUUGACAAUUUUUAAAAGGUUAAUGAAAAUAAGAAUAAAAAUUGUUAAUUAAAUGAUUAAUUAAUACAAUUUGCUAAAUAAAAUAAAAGCUUAUUUAAUCUUGUUUAAUAAAAUUACUCAGCAAUUUUACAUUAGUAAAAUGAAGAAGAGUAGAGAUACUUAGAAGAUCAGAUUAUAUUAGAUGUACCUAAUGAAUUAGAAUAUGGAAGAAAAAACUCUGAAAUUGUUGGUAGCAAGGAUUAAGGGUAAAGUUUAAAAGAUUUAGAUAUUCAAUAAUCUCCAGAUUGUUUUUAGAAUAGACUUUAAUAAAUUUGA